AGGAAGUUUACAGUGCACAUGCGCACGGCUGCUGAAAGGAGGGCAAUGUUGACUAACUCAGUAUUGUUAGCAGUGUUACAGCGUACUUGUAACACGUGCCCAGUGCGAGGGAUUAAAACCAGUGCUGUGUAUCUGAAGAACAGGAGGGCUGCAAUCCCCAAGAGAUCGGCAGCGGGGAACCAUGGUAUUCUGUAUGAAAAGGCCACUGCCCCUCACCAUCUGGGAGUUAGGAAAGGAUGGCUAACAUGGAAUACUAGUAAUCUUUAUGGAGAAUCCAGAUCCUCAGAAACUGCAUUGGAAGAUGCUUACAUCAGAAAGCUUUUAAGUGAAUUGAUGGGAGUAAAUGACUACAUAAUAAAAAGGAAAUACAAUGUGAUCACUGUAUCAGCUGCAAUUCCACCAAGGAAAGGAUACAACCUCCUUUUUUUUCAAAUUGGAUUUGCUGAAGAAUUCUUAACCACAGUCUUACAGUGUCCAGUGAAAGUGGAUUUCAUUGUUCGAGGAACGGAGGACCUUCCAGUAUUGCGAUAUAUUUGACACAUUUGGUGUAUGGAUAGCCCUUUAAGUUUUCCAAUUCCAAAUCAGGUUACAGGAGGAAAUGGUAUUAGUUCUGUAAUUCUGUUAAAAUUGUCCUCACAAUUAGUUUGUUGACUCUUUAUUUGAGAAAGAACAGUAAGAGAAGAAGAAAAACACAAAACUAAGUUUUCUUAUGACAGACUUUAAUGUCCAUAAAAAUCUUGGUAUGAAGUUUCUUCUUUAAAGCACAGGGUCCUCGACUUCAAAUUUACAACCAUCGGUAUAGUUCAACAACUUUCAUGCACCACUGUUUGAAUAGGAAAUAAAUAGAAAUGCGCUACAUUAAA